ACAUUAUUUUAGCUGUUGAAAACUUGACGACCCGACAUUGGUUUACUCACGUUUGUAUUCGGCCAUCAGACGCCUCAGAGCAGAACCGGCCAUAGCUAAAACUUGUGUGUGUGUAAGUUUAAAGUCCGAACUUGAACGAACAAGUAUAUUAACCUUUGAGUGGUAUUGGCGAACGGACACGUUUUAGGGGUUGAGCUUUGACGCGGACGGUGAAUCGUGACAGCACCUUGACAGGUGUGUCGGCAACUCGUGUUAUCAUCUGAUGCAAAAUGGCCGCCGGCGUUCCGCCUGUACGGACCGACGGCCAUUUUGCGGUUAUCGUAGGUCGCCGGACAUACCUUGUGCCGAAAAUGUCAACCUAAUUGGUUUCCAAUAACGUUUGCUGAUAACGGAACGCUAUCAGUUGUUAUUAUGCUGAUAAGAGUGAUAACGGUGCGAGUUGGCUUGGCCACUCGACUCUCGAAUACUGCGACGGGCCGCUGCUGAUGGUUGGACUUAUAGCUCGAUUAGUUGUUAUUAUUUAUUACACUAUUAAAUAUUUUUUGGAAAUCUGUUUGUUUUUUUUGGCUUCGGAAUUAUUAGUGUUAAUUUGUGAAUGAACCGCUCGGCUUUGUGAUUUUUGAACACGGACCGCAUCGAUAAUACUGUCGUUUCAAUACUUGGAAGCGACAAACAAAAAAUGGCCGUUAAAAUGGCCGCCGGAGAGGCUGGCAGUGUGGUGGCUGCUGCGACCACGGCCUCUGACUGGGACACCAGAGAGUCGAUGCGCCAGCGUGAGCUUGACGAGGCUAGAGCGAGAGCGACGCAAAUGGAGAAGACCAUGCGUUGGUGGUCCGACUGUACGGCCAACUGGCGGGAAAAGUGGAGUAAAGUGAGAAACGAACGGAACAAAGCACGGGAAGAGGCCAAGAUGCUCAAAGACAAUUUGGAUCAUGUCCUCAAGGAAAACGGCAAUGUCAAGCGAGAAAAACAAAACCUGGAGCUACAAAACGAGUGUUUACGCAAAGAACUGGAAAAAGUCAAUCUUAUUUUGUUGAAGCACGCUGGACAAUGGGAUUCUCAAAUCGUCGACGCGUUAGAAAACGGCGUUUCCGAAUCGGACACAUGUUGUAGUUCGAUAUCGAGACCGCAACCGUCGGUCGUUACCGAUUCCGGCAUCGAGGAGUACGUUUUGCAAGAAGCCGUUCCCAAACACGCCGUCGAAAUGUUCCACCAUCAUACGACGUCGCCCGUCAAGUCACCGGUGCCGCCAUCCAAAGAGUUGACCGACGAAGAGGCCGACAAAUUGGAAAAGAACUUGGAAAACUUGUUGGAGAGCACGCAACAAGAUUUGGACAGUUUGAAUAACCGAUUGUUGGGUGCGGUCGAUGUUCAAAUCGAACACGGUGAAUCUCAACAAGAUCUGGAAACCGCCGACAGACGUUUGCAAGACUUGAGAGUACAAUUGGAACAACUACAGGUGGAAAACGAACUCGAAUGGAGCAAAAGAGAACAAUUGGAAAGCGAAAUAAUCAAUGUCGAGAGGACGAACAAACAGCUGAGGACCGAACUGAAAGACGCACAGGAACGGUUGAAAAAGCAAAACAAACCCGAGACGUCGUCCGACAUGAAAUUCAGACUUGUCCAACAAGAAUUGGCCGACAAAAAUAUUGAAUUGGCCGCAUUGAAACACGCCGUUUCCAAACAGAAGAAAACGUUUGUCGAUCAAAACAAUGAGCUGGCACACUCAACGCGACGCGCAGAGCAGUACGAAGGCGAAGUCAAGCGUUUGAGGAGUCGAGUCGAAGAGCUUAAAAGAGAAUUGGCUACGACCCAAGAAGAUUACGACGUGGCCACGAAUACGAUAAAGAAGUUGCAGCGGUACAACGAGGACCUUCAGGAACAGUUGGACGGCUUACGAACCGAAUUAAAACACCAAAAUAUCAGGUUGGCGAGAUUAACUAGUCGCGUGUCGAUGGACGAUACCAGCCACAGCGAAGAGGACUGAGUACACUAUAUUUUACUUUUUACGUUUGUCAAUUACAAUUUCAACUACUAAUUACCUCUACUUACCCAAUGUUCGACCACGACAAUACAUAUCGGUCGUUGUCGCUUGGUUUUCUACUUAUGUUAUUAUUAUUAUUAUUUUUUUUUUUUGUGAUGUGUUGUAUUUGAGUUUUAUAUCGGCGUUUGAUUUUGCAUCUGCACCUGAUUUACGAUUUCCUUUUUUUUUUUGUUUAAACUAAUCCACCGACUGAAAAUGUACGGGACAUUUUUUCUUCGAUCAAUCAUUUGUAUAUUUUAUUUAUUAUCGUUGCAAUUGACUUGUACCAAUACUUGAUAUUACCGUAAUAUUAGUAUAUAUAUAUAUAAUUAAUUUUUUUGUAAACUUUGAAUUUUGCUCAACAUUUUUUUGUACUAUAAUUUAAAAAAAAACAAAAUGCUUAAACAUAAUUUUUUUUUUACUUAACGUAAUAGAGUUUAGUGAAAAGUAAUUAAUAUUAAUUAGUAAUAUUUAAACGAC